AUGGCCGACGUUGAGAUGCACGACGGCGAUGCUUCGCCCCGCGCCGAUAGCCCAGAAGCCUCUGGCAACGCGUCCAAGGUCAGCGAUAUGCAGACGCACGCAAAGGCCACGGCAGUGCGCUCAAUAGAGGGUUGGAUCAUCAUGGUGACCAACGUACACGAGGAGGCAGAUGAGGAAGCGAUACAUGACAAGUUUGGAGAGUUUGGCGAGAUCAAGAACCUGCACCUGAACCUCGACCGCAGAAGUGGUUAUGUGAAGGGUUACGCUUUGAUUGAGUACCCCACCCUCGCUGAGGCUCGUGCUGCCAUCGAUGGAGCGCACGAGACCAAGCUGCUCGAUCAGACGGUCUACGUGGACUUUGCGUUUGUUCGGCCGCCGCCGAACAAGAAUGGCGCGGGCGGUCGUGGUACCGGAGGAGGUGGAGACUGCAUUGCAGCCACGCUCGACAUGCUACCAUCGGGCCUAAUUUUGGCAUGCCAGCUUGUCUAUCUGUUCCUUUUCGAGCUAUGGAAGAGAGCGUGUCGACAUGUCAACGCUCAGAGCAAAGUAGCGCUGCUCAAAGGUGCGGUGGCAGAGCCCGAGAUACAUGGACAUGUCGGCAUCCCGUCACGGCCAUCAGCAGGGCCCGUCUACUAG